UAGGUCCGUUGCAGACACACCCUGGCCCUGCUGUAAACACCCUCCUCCUCCAUACUGUAUAAAUAAAAACACAAGAGAUGUGAAAGAUGCAGAGGCUCUUCCACUGAGGACUGUCCAUCUGAGGUUUUGCCAUGGGUGCCAUGAGGAAAGCUCUGCUCUUCUGCCUCUUCUUGGCGAGCGUCUCUUCUGUGAAAGACCAAAUUAACAAUAUUAAUGAAUUGAAAAAAUGUGGCUAUGGAAGUGCUAGUCCACGUCAUGGACUCCAGUUAUUGUUCUGGUUUGCCCAAAGAGUAGAUGUUGAUCAAAACAAUCAAUUCCAUUUGAAUUUUACUCCUAAUCAAAACGCCUAUGGAUUCCAUUAUUUUGGAAAUGGAGAGGAACUUCUUCCCCCUUUGAACCCUGGGCAGACUUACUAUUCUUUUGGUAAACUAAGUGGUCCUAGUGUCAAUACAUUCCCGAGGUAUGUGCUGAAUUAUUAUCUGCAGAGAUAUAACACCAUCACAGAGAAACAAGAAAGAAACAUGGACAGGCUUAUGGUCUCUUUGGACAAUAAGACAAAACGCAGGAUAUUCAGGGUGUUUAUUACAGCACAUAACCCUGGCUCGAAUGACUUUAAUCCUAAUGAGACUUAUGAGAUCAAUCUUGAGUUGAUCUUGCAGAUAAGAGAAUCCUAUUGCAAUGACAAUGUUAUUUUCAGAACAACACAACAUUAUGAUGAUGACGAUGAAGAAGAAGAGAAAAGAUGCCGUCAGUUUUUGACAGAAACAGGGUAUAGCAGCAACGUCUGUACAACACUGAACAAACGCCGAAUGAAACGCUCACCCUAUCCCCAGUGCAAUGCAUAUGAGGGAAUUAAACUAGAGAUUAAAACAACUACACAAGGUUAUGCAAAACUUAUAUGGGAGAAUAUACCUGCUGACAUAAUGAAAAACAAUAACUAUAUAUACAUUGAUAUUUGCCAAAACACUUAUUCCAGUGAUCCUAAUGAAGAUCCUACACAGGUCGGGAAAGAAUAUUUUGAUAUUCAUAAAUCAUCUGGGGCUUUAGACACUUCUGUCUCCCUGAAUGCUGGUCUCCAACCCCGACUGCGACUUUACACAUCAUAUAUUAGCAAUGCAUUAUUUUGGUAUGGACCAGAGUUUGAUGGAGCAAACAAAGUGAUCCCCACUAGAAUAAAAGGGCUUGACGCCAGCCUGCAACUCUAUGCUGGACACGGAAAAGCCUGUGCUCGACUCUACAUCGAGAAAACCUUCAGUAAAUGGGAGGAUGUUCUUUAUUAUUCGUGGGUUGGGUUCUACAAAAGUUCACAAGAUGAAAAUGAUGACUAUUACACAUAUCAAUAUGCCGUGAAGUUUCCAAAGAUUAAUAACUAUAUCACAGACAAUUAUGAUGUUUACCAGUACAAUUCCAGUUUGACUAUUGCUCCUGGAGUUCAAAUCCGCUUCUUGCUGGACAAAAAAUAUAACAAUGUUUUAGCACAAACUACGCCCUGGGAGAGAAAUCAACAAGUGACAUCAGUUUGUGACAAAGGGAAUCUUUGGCCUAAACCCUCAUCAACCUGGUCUGAUCCAGAAUUCUUUUAUGAACCAGAGUUCUAUGAUGCUAACAAUGUCCUCCCUAUAAAAAUACAGAUGUAUGAUGCCGGUCUGCAGCUCUUCACCAAAGACGGUAAAGCCUGUGCUCGGCUUUAUAUCAAGAAGACUUUCACAGACUGGGACACUACCUUCUACUACUCAUGGGUGGGGUUUUACACUAGUUCACAAGAAGCACAUAAAUAUUACAGCACAUAUCAAUAUGCUGUGAAUUUUGAAAAGAUGGGGGAUGGUACCGAAAAUUUUGAUGUUUAUCAGUUCAAAUCUGAAUUGGCUAUUGCACCCGGAGUACAGGUCCGUUUCCUGAUGGACAAGAGCUAUGAUAAAAAAUUAGUGGAAACUGAGCCCUGGAAGAGUGGAUAAAAACUCACUAUUAAUAAAUCAGAUUAUGACAUAUAUCAUUCUAACAGUCUGAGCUAAUCCAAUCUUAUAUGUUAUGAUUUGUAACAAUCUGCUAUCUGUGUCCUGAUAAGAAUGACAAUUAUUACAUUAUUCUAACAUUACACUGUUAAUCACAGAUCUCUCUAAUAUACUGUAUCUUAAUUUGUUAUUAACAAAAUAAUUAUUCUAAAUGAUGUAAAAUAUUAACAGUAAUCUUGCCAUUUACAUUAUUAUAAAAUAUUACAUUUUAUUGAACAGUAAUGUGACAUAGCCUUUCUUUGCUUGUUUUAUACAGCUUAUCUAUUAAAA